AUGCAUAUCCACUCCCUUCUUGCCCUGACCCUGGCGGUCACCACCUCGGCCUUGCCCUCCCUUCCAGGAUGUCUCGUGACCGAUGAGAACCACUCUCGCGCCUGCCAUGAGGUCGGCCCCGUGCAGAGCAAGCUGGAGAUUGUCGACGGUCAGAAGCAGCAGAACCGCGGUGGUCUCCAGGGCCAGAUCGAAUAUGUCGACCAGCAGAUCGGCAAGGAGAUCGAGUGUCCCGGUUGCGGCAAGAACAUCGUCGGUGACCUUGUCCAGUCCAGAUCCAUCGGUCAUAACAACAUGGUUACUGGCCAGGGUGAGCAGCAGCUUGACAUGAUCAAUGGAAAGACCCAUGAGGAGUGGGUGGGUGUGGGUCAGCAGCAGCAGCAGGACAGCAUGCCCCAUGGCCAGAAGUCCAACUUCAAGACUGGCCAGAACCAAAAGCGUAACCACCUCGGCCAGCACUUUGACGACCAGUCCAGCACCCACGGCCCCGUCAUGUACACCGGCAAGACUCAGCAAGAUGAGCUUCUUACCAAGGGCCAAGGCAAGACCCAAGAGCUCUACAAUACCAUGGGCCAGACCAACGGCCGCAUCCAGGAGCGUGACAUCACCCACAACUGGGCCAACCAACUCAACCAGGGCCAAAACCAAGAGCAGCAGGAGCAAUUCAACAAGGGUGCCCAGCAGAUCGAGGGUCUCUACACCACCGGCAACACCCACGGUAUCAUCCAGGACUUCAACAAGGGCGGCCAAAACCAGCAGCUCUACAACGGUCAGCAGAUAGGUACUACUAACCAGCUGUACAAGACCGGUCAGAACGGUAUCCUCCUGACCACCAACCCCAACCAUCAGCAAGAGCAGUUCAACAAGGGUCAAGGCCAGGGCCAGCAGCUGUAUAAUGGUCAACAGACUCACCAGCAGCAGCAGCAGUGGAACAACGGCGGCGGUCCCAACGACAUCCUCAUGACUACUACCCACCAGUUCUACCAGGGCCAACCCAUCAACACCCAACAGCUCAACAACAAAGGCCAGGGAAUCCAACAACUCCACAACGGCCAACAAACCCAGCAGCUGAACAAGAUCGGUGGUGAACAGACCCAGCAACUCAAUAACGGCAACUGGAACCACCAAACCACCCAAGAGCUCUUCAAGACCACCACCAACGGCAUCAUUCAAGCCCGUCACGAGACUGCUGGCGAGCAUUUCGAUGGUCAUCAGGAGGAGCAGCAGUUGGCCGCCGGUAACAGCCAGAGCAAGCAGCAGCAAGAGGAAAUCGAAAUCGGCGGCGGCCAGCACAAGAACCAACAAGAAGCUGUAGUCUUGUCUCCCCAGCAAAUGAUGGACUUUGUUGCUGCUCAAUCCAAGCAGCAGCAGCAGCAGCAGCAGUGGGUUAGGGAGCAGGUGGUUACUGUGGAUGGCAAGCAGCAGGAGGUUUGGACUUGUGUUUGA